AUGAGGUCUUCUACCCUUACUCUGACCCUGUGCUCCCUCGCUGCUACGGCCUUUGCUCGCCCAGCAGAGUCGGUUGCCGAUGUUCCAGCCUCAUAUGUGCCAGAUCCAUCGAUGAUACAUGAGCCAGGCACCGGCUUUAAUGUUCGUGCUCUUCCAACAACAGAAAACGGUCUCUCGGGCGCUUGCAAAGCCGUUACUGUCAUUUUCGCACGCGGUACCGGCGAAGAUGGAAAUGUUGGGACCGUCGUUGGACCACAAGUGUUUGAGGCUCUUCGUGCAAGAUUAGGUACAUCUGCUGUCACCGUUCAAGGAGUCACCUAUUCCGCUACUGUCAUUGGAUAUCUCGAAGGAGGUGACCCAGCUGGAACCACCGAGAUGUUGAGAUUAAUCAACCUCGCUUCCACUCAAUGCUCAAGUACCAAGAUUGUUUUGUCGGGUUAUAGUCAGGGUGCUCAGCUUCUCCACAAAGCUGCGAGGAGUCUUUCUGCGGCUGUGACCCGUAAGGUUGCUGCUGGUAAAUUUCCCAAAGACCUGAAGAAUCUACAGUUCUAACUUCUUUAGUUGUCCUCUUCGGAGACCCAAAUAAUGGACAGGCUGUUGGAACCAUCUCUAACUCUUUGGUAUUGAAUAACUGCCAUGGUAGGUCUUUCAUGAAUUUCCUUUUAUUUUCCGAGUAUUUUUGGGCAAAAACCCUGGCUUUCCCUGAAACUGUCUUCCCAGGCUGUAAACUCCUUAAAAUAUGCCGAAUAGCUUACAAUAAUUGCAAUGCUAAAAUGAUGUCUUCAACAGUGAACGACAUCAUUUGCACCGGUCGUGGAGGUGCAGAAGCACAUUUGACCUAUGGAGAGGAUGCUGAAGCAGCAUCCAACUUUAUUGCUGCCAGAGUUUAA